GCAAAAUGGAAAAUAGUCAAACAAAACAUCAGAAGACUACAAUUGGGAAAGCCAAAAUAAUUUCCAUACGGAAGAUGUCUACUUUGCUGAUGACUGAUAAGAUAAACCAGCUGCUAAAAGUCAAGAAGCCAUCGAACAGGCGGUCUUUUUGAAGAAGUAAAAAUGUAGAAUGGGGAACACCUCAGCCUCAAAGGUUCAAAGGAUUAAGAAAAGGAGAUUUUGAUGACACUUUUGUUCAAUAUUCCACUAAGCGAAACUCUGAGCAAUUUAGGCUAUUCAAGAGACCUGCAGAAGAUCCGAUCAAGAAGGUGCUUGAUUAUAGGUUGUUUCCUAACCAAAAGAUUCAAAAGAAAAUUGAUUAUUUCAUCACUCCGUACAACAACUCAAUGUCUUUGGAUAAGCUCAUGGAUUUUACACGAAGAGAUUUAGAAGAGAACGGACAGCAUCUGGAUAAAGAUCGGAGGUACAAGAAGUGGAAUCUCAUCUCAAAAGCAACUUUUAAUGAGAAAUAAUAACCUACUCACUGCACUUAAAGAUAAGCCAAAGGAGCCACAAGCCGUUAUGUCAACCCAACUUGGUAAAGUGAGUAAGAAGGAAGAAGUUUGAAUUAUAACUCAUGGAGAGUUUUUAUCAGAAGAGCAGCCUAACCCAACAAAAGGUCCCCCAGCUCAUAACCCAUCAGCAAUAGUGAAAGAGAAUAAAUUCGGUGAUUCUUUGAUGAAAUUCUUGAUAAGCGCAAAGAUAGAUGAGCUCCCUGAGUUAGAGUCUAAGACUAAAGAAAACCCAAGAUACAGAUCAACUAUGAAGAAUUAUCCUUAUUUCAAACCCACCAAAACUAUCUCCCCCAAAUAACCCCAAAACCAAAUCCUCAGAACCAAACCCACCCCAAAAAUUUAAGAUCUUCUACACCUCACAUUCCAGAAACAGCCCAGCCCAACCAACAUUAACCACUUCCAUCACCAACAAAAAGCACCAAGGUAUAGAGCAUGGGGUUAAGACAGAGAGGAGAUUUGGGAAAGAGAAGGGGGAGAAGGGGAGAUUUUUGGAGAAAGUUGAUAAAGAGUGAAAUGAAACUCUGAUGGCAUUGAGGAGUGGGUGUAAGCAAAGUGAUGGGAUGUCGAAUGUUUGGGGUAGUAUACCACAUAAGAAUAUGAAGCAAAGGUUUUGUAUGAAGUCUUCUCUCAUUGCUCUUUAUAAGGGAUAAUGUUAUAUUCUAACGCAAGGCUAUAUUCAA